AUGGAAACCCGUUUAUUUUUAAUAUUUUUGAUUGAAAAUUGUAUUUGUUUCAAGGGGGUCUAUUAUCGAGAAUAUGAGUUUAAAAGAGAUCCACUUGUUGGGGAAAUCGAUUGUCAAAGAGUGAUCGAAGAGGAUUGUCAGUAUACAGAGAAAGUUUUCCAAACGCGAAUCACAAAGCAGCCAAAUGACAAUGUCGAGAUGGACUGCGAGUCGAUUAAAAAGCGAAUCAUUCGAUACUCUGAAUACCCGUUGAUCAAAAAUGCGAUCGCUGUGGCGAGAGUCGUCGACGAGGAUUAUUCAUUUCUCGAGGAGCAACUUUCUUUCAACUUCCAUCCCCGUUACUCUUUCUGUUUUGCCGUUGACGCAAAGAAAUCACAAACAAAAUUGCACAAAAAUCUUCAAAAAUUGGAAAAAUGUCUUCCGAAUGUCUAUCUAACUGAACAAUUGUUCAACGUCUCCAGCGGCGGAGCUUUCAUGAGUCAUUCAUAUCGAGAAUGCUGGAAAAUCUUGUUGGCAAAUAAAAAUUGGAAAUAUUUAUUGGAUUUACAAACCCAUGACGUCAUUGUGAAGACGGCGGUGGAGAUCAGCGAGAUUGUCGAGGUUUUAAAUGGCUCGAAUGCCAUUCAAAUCUCACCGUGUACCCGAUGCGGACACGCUAAAGAGGGCUGGUACUUGAACGGGCUCGAGUUCUAUAAAAAUGUCACAGCUUUUCCUGAGAAUUCAAUGCUACAAUAUGCGAGCGGUUUGGUGGAAUCUCUGAUCUCCCGCGAAGCCAUCGAUUUCCUCAUCAACACCAUUUCAUUGGACGCAUAUUUGAAAACGAAAUUCGAAGAAGAAUCUUUGUACAGUGUGGAUGAGCAAUUCUUGGCCACCCUGCAGAAUACGGAGAAUCUAAAGUUACCUGGCGGGAUGACAUCAAGGUGUUUACGAGAAGGACACAGUACACAGAAAAUCGUUCGGUAUUCGAAUUGGGACUGUAAUGGCACCACUUGUUCAUCAGGUUCACAACGACAUUGCGUUUGUGUGAUUGGGUUAGAGGAGAUGCCCGCAAUUGCGUCGUAUCCAUUCUUGAUAGCCAACAAGAUGUGGCCAACAUUCGACUAUUCAGUGAUCUCGUGUGUCGGUGAGAUGCUUUACAAUCGAACGUAUGGCUUUUCUCCGUCUCAAGUUCGACACGACAUUUAUGAGAAUUUAACGCAUACUCGUUACCACAAUUUGAUCAAAAACGGCGGGAAUUCGUCGGCUUUCGAUUAAGAAGAGGAAGAGGAAGAGGAAGAGGAAGAAGAAGAAGAAGGAGAAGAGGAAGAAGAAGAGGAAGAGGAAGAGGACGAAGAAGAGGAAGAAGAAGAGGAAGAAGAAGAAGAAGAAGAAGAAGAAGAAGAGGAAGAGGAAGAAGAGGAAGAGGAAGAAGAGGAAGAGGAAGAAGAGGCAGAAGAAGAAGAGGAAGAAAGAGAAGAAGAAGAAGAUGAAGAGGAUGAGCUUUUCUAUCUACAUCGUACUCUUUCUUUUAAGCCUUACAAUAACUUUUGUGUUUCU